AUGAGGCACCUCUCCGCCCUGGCCGCAUGCGCCAACACCGCUGCGUCCACGCCCGCGGCCGCCGCGCGCCGCAAGCUCGACGCGGCUCCCGCGUGGUCGGCUCUGCACUUCCGCGGGUAUGCCUCGCUGCCGGACCACGAGGUGUUCGGGAUGCCGUCGCUCUCGCCGACCAUGGAGCAGGGCAACAUCCUCGAGUGGAAGGUCAAGCCCGGCGACGAAAUCAAGGCCGGCGACAUCCUCUGUGAGAUCGAGACCGACAAGGCUACGAUGGAGUGGGAGAGUCAGGAGGACGGCGUCGUCGCGGCGCUCCUGAAGGAGGCCGGCGCGAAGGACGUCCCCGUCGGCGAGCCCGUGAUGAUUGUCGUCGACGAGGCCGGCAGCGUGGACGCGUUCAAGGACUACAAGCCCGGCGACUCCGGCGCGGAGCCCGCGGCCGCGGCCGCCGAGGAGCCCGCGGCGCCGUCCGGCGGCGACUACCCCUCGCACGAGGUCAUGACGAUGCCUGCGCUGUCGCCGACCAUGUCGACGGGCAACAUCCUGUCGUGGCGGAAGCAGGAGGGCGACUCGAUCGCGCCGGGGGACAUCUUCUGCGAGGUCGAGACGGACAAGGCCACGAUCGAGUGGGAGGCGCAGGAGGAGGGCGUCCUGGCCAAGAUCCUGGUGCCGGAGGGGACGCAGGACAUCGAGGUUGGGGCGCCGGUGAUGAUCAUGGUGGACGACGCGGACGACGUCGCGGCGUUCAAGGACUACGCGCCGGGCGCGGCCGCGAAGGCCGCGCCGAAGGCCGCGGAGGAGCCCGCGCCGAAGGCGGAGGCAGCGCCCGCGCCGGCGGCGCCCAAGAGCAGCGCGGCGCCGAAGCAGGCGGCGGCGCCCGCCGCGAGCGCGCCGGGCGACAAGAUCAUGGCCUCGCCGGCCGCGAAGCGCGUCGCGGCGGAGCGCGGCGUCGACCUGUCGACCAUCAGCGGGACAGGCCCCGGGGGGCGUAUAGUUGUGGCGGACGUGGAGGCCGCGCCGGCCGGCGGCGCCGGCGGCGCCCCCGCGGCUGCGCCCGCGGCCCCGAAGCCGGACGUGAACUACACGGGCACGGCGGAGGGGUACCCGCCGUUUGCGGAGAUCCCGCUGUCGAACGUGCGCCGCGUGAUCGCGCGGCGGUUGCUGGAGUCGAAGCUGGAGGUGCCGCACUACUACGUGUCGAUGGACUGCCGCACGGACGCGCUGAUGGAGGCGCGCGCGGCGAUCAACGCGGCGCUCGCGGCGUCGGGCGGCAAGGUGUCGGUCAACGACAUGAUCGUCAAGGCCUCGGCGUGCGCGCUGGCCAAGGUGCCCGAGAUGAACUCGGCGUGGGCGGGCGAGUCGAUCCGGCAGUACCGCGACGCCGACAUCAGCAUCGCGAUGCAGACCCCGAACGGCCUCAUGGUCCCCGUCGUCCGCGGCGCCUCGCACAAGGGCGUGGCGCAGCUGUCGGCCGACAUCAAGGCCUACGCCCAGAAGGCCAAGGCCGGCAAGCUGACGCCGGAGGACUCGUACGGCGGCACCUUCACCAUCUCGAACCUCGGGAUGUUCGGCGUGAAGCAGUUCUCGGCCAUCGUGAACCCCCCCCAGGCCGGCAUCCUUGCGGUGGGCGGGUCGCGCAAGGAGCUGGCGCUGUCGGAGGACGGCAACCUGGAGGAGGUGCAGGUGAUGACGGUGACGCUGUCGUGCGACCACCGCGUCGUGGACGGCGCCGCGGCCGCCCAGUGGCUCCAGGCGUUCAAGGGCUUCAUCGAGAACCCAGCAACCAUGAUUGUAUAA